AUGCUGGUGCGAGCAGCAAGGGGCCCUGGAAGGUCAAACUCGGGGACAGGCACUCAUGCCCCUUUGAGUGCUCCCAUUAGAGGUACCCCGAGGAGAGCAGAGCACCGUGGCUGCUGGAACCGGAAAGACUUGGACUCGGGGCCUGAGCGGCAUCAGCGAGAGUCUGCUUUUGUUCACAGGAAGGGAGACAGCAGAAGUAGCUUUCAGCUGGGCCUUGAGAAGCCUGCCUCAGCCUUCCUCUGCCAGCUCAUGAGCUCUGAGCUGAGGCUGCGAGGUGGCCUGGCAGCAUCUCCGCGCCCCGACUGCUUUGCUGUUGAAACCCAGAUGGUUGCAUCCAGGCUCUUUGCUUGGAGCAGCUGGAUGGGCUGGGGGUCAGCGGUGAGAAGGACGGACGGAGAUCCCACCUCGGUAACCCUCACCAGCCUCCAGACGGAGAGGAGGGAUGCUCCCUGGAUAAGCAGGUACCUCCUGGCGGGCGGGGCUGGCGUCUACCCCAGUGCUGGGGCUUCUGCCCCGACACCUCCAGGCACGCGAGCCUGGAAGGGCCUUGGGUUGCUGUGGAGGACACCGCUGGGGGAAGCCAGCCCUUCAGGAAUGGAUCCUGGCCUGGUCCUCGACUCGGAGGCCGUUAAGGGCCCGGCCACCCGGUCCCCAGCCCUGGGGUACAACGCAGAGAGAAUGAACAUCAGCCAGGCGGUUGGUCACCCCAGCCUGGGUGCCCUCCACAGCGACCGUACGCUCACACGCAUGAUGCCACCAAGACAGAGGCUGCUGGCAUGCAUGAGAUCCCCCAUGACUCCAGGCUCGUCUAACGACGGACUUCCCCCGCAACACCAGAGCUUCCUGGAGGGCAGCCGGCUCAGCCAGAGGGGACAGGACAGGCACUCGUGCCCGCCUCUGCACCUGGAGCGCACGCACUCUGAGGACGGCCCGGCGACCACAGGCUCCCCCAGGGAAGGGCUCUCCCCUUAG